AAGAUGAGUCGGAUACUCAAGCUUUUGAAAGAGGGUUACAAAUUCGUUGAACUAAUUAGACACCGAUAUCCAACAAAAGUUCAUGCUGUCAGGAUUCCACAUCGUCGUGGAUUUUAUCAGCGAAAAGAAGAUAAAGAAGUUAUGAUUACCUUGAAACGCCUUUGCAAAUAUGGCAAUUCCUCGCGCGUGAAGACCCUGAUUUUACAUGGGCCAGCAGGACACGGUAAAAAGCACUGUGCGGCAAAUCUGAUGGAUCAACUUUACACUAAACCUGUACGCUCGCGAUUCUUCUGGAACAAACCAUGGAAUUUUCGAAACAGACCAACAAUCCUGUGGACAAUCAACGCAACAAAUGAAGCAACGAUGCUCGAAAGUUUCUGUAGUCUUGCCAAAGAAAUCGGUUUGACUGAACAGGCCAAGGCUGCAAAUCAGGAACUAUCACUUCUCAGCAGAACAUCAGAGGGAAGACAAUACCACAUGAAUGUUCAAAAUCCAUUCGAAGAAAAUGUCUACGCUUUGAAACACAUUUACGAAGAAGUUAUGAAGACCCUGAGAAGGCACGGCUCCUGGGUGCUAUUGAUAGAAGGCGCUAAAGAGGAAAAGUCAAUUCGACAUCAAUUUUGGCCGGCGCCAGGUGAUCUAAGCCUUGGAAAUGGUCUGGUGAUCAUGACUACUGAAGAUUCCAAGUUAUUGCAAGAGAAAGGUGUUGACUAUCCAUUGGCGAAGGUGUUCAUUGGUAGAAUGACGGAAGAAGAUGGAGCUAAAUUUCUUGCGAAAAUAAGUGAUAUCCAUUACACUGUUGCUAAACGCUUCGCAAAAGUAACACAUUGCAUACCCCAGAAUAUAGCAAAGUUGGGAGAUGCUAUAAGGGAAUACCAAGAAGAAACGAAUAAACAACUAACUUUUGAAAAUUUACCAGUACCAACGGAAGAAGUUACACUCCCUAAGUAUUUGAUGAUGAUGGAACUAACAAGUGGAAAUCGAACGCAGCUGUUAAAAUUCUUGGCCUGCUGUUCAAGUGAAAACUAUUUGCCCCUAGAAAUUCUAGAGGGAGGUAUUGAAGGUCCAUUGGAACGAGAAAAUUUAGAAAAAUUUGUUGAUCUUUCUGUGAGAGAGGAAAUUGAUGUGGUAACCAUACAUCCACGAGACCACACCAUGCUCAGAGAUAUACUCAAUGGGCAAAGCCAAAGUGAUAAUGAAGAGACACAGACUUACGUAUUGAACUUUCCCUUCAUGACAAACAAACCACGCAACAUAAACACUCUUACUCUGUCGUGUCUCGAUGUCUCUCGCGUGAUUAAAUGCCUAGGCGAUGUAUGCAAAAAUGCUCUUCAAAACAACAGAGAUAAAGACUUCAAAUUGUUGCGCUUCGUUUUACCACAUCUGAAAGAAGCUGUAAAGCUCAAGGACAAUUUGAAACUAGAAGGAGAAUUCGACCCCCUCGUCAUGGCUAAUGGACAUGCUUGUCUUGGGGUAGGUUCGCUCAUCUUUAGCAGGCCUGAAGAAGCAAGAAGGGACCUAAAGAUUGCUCUAGAUCUCUUCAAGAACUAUGAAGGCGAGGAAAAUGUGCAACUUGACCUGGCUAACGUGUGGCACUUCCUGGGAGAGGCCCACAGCAACAGUCACCUCGCGAGCCCGUGGGAAGGAGAAAUAUGUUUACAAGAAGCCUUACGAGAGAAAGAACAGUUCUACAAAGGAAAGGAUGACCCACAGAUUGCUUUGACUCUACGAAGUCUUGGAAAUGUAAUGAAUGAAGUGGGAAGACAUACCAAAGCUAUUAACUUCAUCCAAAGAGCCUUGAAGAUUUAUUUCGAUAAAGAAAACUUCAAAAAGGAAUAUGGUUUCACCCUGAGUGCAUUAGGAUCUUCGUACCGCUACCUUGGUCAGUAUGCUGAAGCAGAAGACUACUUAAAGAUGGCUCUCGAAAUCUUUAAAUCCGUCGAAUCUCCAAGCGAACUAAGGAUUGGCGUGACACUCAGCCGUUUGGCCUCUGUGCAACGAAAUAUGGACAAACUAGAUGAAAGCAUUGCUUCAUUGGAAAUAGCACUUGAAAAGUUUGGAGACAACAACAUUUACAGUGCUGUUAUUUUAUCAAAGCUGAGUGUAGUAUACCGUGACAAAGGGGAUUUUAAAAGAAGUUUCCUGUUUGCGUCGAAAGCUAAAAAAAUUGUAGAUGAACAUUAUGGCACAAAAAGUCAUCCCGCUAGAGCUACAGCAUUGUUAAAUCUUGGACAUGCGCUGAGUGAUGUGGGAGAUGUAGACGAUGCAGUAAAAAGUCUUACAGAGGCCUUAGAUAUCAACAAGGAGAUCCAUGGUAGUAUCCAUCGCAUUGUGGCCGCCAACUGUAAUUACUUAUCGUAUGGCUACCUACAGAUGGGAAUGGUUCAACAAGCCAAAAAAGAGCUACUAAACGCUUUAAAGGGUAUGGACCAUUACUCUCGCUCUCACCCAGAGAGAGCUAAUUCUCUAAAGAGGUUAAGCAAGGUCUGCUUAAUCCUCGGGGAAACCGUCAAAAGCGCAGAUUUAGCAGACCGUGCUCUCCAAAUCUACAAACAAACGCAUGGAGAUACCAUGGAACACAGAGAGGUGCGGAUGGGUACAGUUCGGGUGGCUCACGCUUGCUCCAAGCUUGGUUUGUGUGACAAUGCUGAAAAAUAUUUCAAAGAGGCAGAACUUGAUUUUCCCGAGGGCCAAGAAAUUAGGUCCCACUCCGAAUUUGCCGUACUUCUCAGGAAGAAAACCGAAAUUAUUUUAGACAGCUACGAAUUCCGCUGGCCUUUGGACGAGGUGGGCGUCCAAGAAAUACUUUCGCAGGCAAACAAGGAUUUACUCCGAGCAGAAGAAAUUUUGAGCUAUCCAUUUCGAUUUGAACAACAAAUCGCAUUAACAAAGAAGGAAAAAGCGCGCUUAAGCAUGCUAAUGGGAAAUUACUGCAGCGCGUAUGACGACAUUCGUUCAGCUCUAAACAUUCUCCCGCGGUAUUGCGAUUAUUUGAAGGCAGAUUUUUUAUUGGUAAAGAGUGAUGCUGAAAGAGGCAGAAAUCUGGCUAAUAGAUCAAAGGAGUCUUUGGAAACAGCUGAGAAUAUUUAUCAAAAUACUUUUGGUGACGACCAUCCAGUGAUUGCAGUCACUUUGCAAAAGAAGUGUUCUCUACAUUUGGAUUUCGAGCACAAAAGUAACACUGGCAAGAACGAAGCACAUAAAUAUUUUGAAGCAAGUCACCAAGCUUGUGAAGUCCUUAAAAGUAACUUGGAGCAGCAGCUUGCCGGUGUCCAAACAGAUUUUCUCAAAAACUACAGUUUUGAGCGACACCCUAUUCUCAAACGACAGAAGUCGCUUCAUAAAAGGUUAACGCGUAAUCAAGGUUCUUGGUGAGCUGAAGAAAGACACUCUACAAAAGAAAAAAAAGAACAAGAACAUUUCAACAACAGUUUACAGAAGUUUAUAGAGCCUGAAAACGAUUCCCUUUCUGUUCACCAAUUCUUUGAUGUGACGAUAGUUCCGCUCUUUCUAUUAUUUCAUUGAUGAAACGACCAUUAGGGCCACUUUCUUAUAUCAUGGCUGUCUCAUAUUAUGCUUUCAUGUUCAGAGGUAAAGAUGAACGCGACUUACAAAAAUUUUAAGGGGAAGCGGCAGGUUGUUUUAACAUAGGUUUCAUUCCAAUAGACUACAUUCUUUUUUGAGCACUUAUGAAGUGAGAAAAUCACGAUAAUCGUGAAUUCUUGUGAGUGGUGGAAAAGAAGUGGGAGGGGUGGAGGCAAGACAGUCUCCUGGUUAUGAGGAAUAAACAUUACGUAAAAUCACACGUCGUUUCUCUUCUCCCAUGAACAGCCCAUCGUUA